UGAGAAUUAGGUUUGGGAGGAGAGUGAUACGAAGUUCACGGCCGUCGAAACUCUGUAGCAGAAGGAGAAGCAGACGCCGCCGAAGAUGGUGAAAGGAAGGGAAGGAGAGAGAGUCAGACUCUACAUCCGAGGAACAAUUCUCGGCUACAAGAGGUCUAAAUCCAACCAGUACCCGAACACUUCAUUACUCCAGAUCGAGGGUGUUAAUUCCAAGGACGAGGUUUCCUGGUACCAAGGAAAGCGAUUGGCUUAUAUCUACAAGGCUAARGUGAAGAAGAAUGGGACACAUUAUCGUUGCAUUUGGGGCAAGGUCGCUAGGCCUCAUGGUAACAGUGGCAUUGUUAGAGCGAAGUUCAAGUCUAAUCUGUCACCAAAGUCCAUGGGUGACAGGGUCAGGGUAUUCAUGUACCCCAGCAACAUUUGAGAUAACUUUCUCUUUAUCCUUUUACCCUUUCAUGGAGAACCUAGAUGAAACUACUGGAAGGGAUUUUUAUUUUUAUUAUAUUUUGUGAGCUAAGAUAGAAGCAUUUACUGUUUUCCGAACUGAGUAAUUUUUGGCGUUUAGUGGAUGUUUCACUCUCAAGUAGUUGAACAGAAUUUUACAACCAUUUGUCUUGAGCAUUUUCAUGUGUUAAGCUAUGUGGUUGCAGUUCCUAUCAAGUGGUUUUCUCGUAUACAAAUCCUAUGUACUUGUGUUA